AUGGACCAUUCAACGUUGCUCAAAGCUUUCGAAGACGUCACGAGCACCGUGCUACUCGCCUCAACCACUCCAACAGCCUCAGCCACCCUGCACGAGACCCUGAAGGCCGGUCAAGCCGUCAGAAGGUAUGCGGCAGUCCACUUCCACGGCCCGGCUCCGGUCUUUGACGACAUCAGAAGCGUUCCGGCGGCCGUCCCUCCGUUGCCAAAUGCUGGGGGCGUGCGAGGGGGCCGCCCCUCCUAUGUGGCCAAGCAAGGAGGCGCCGACUUUGCGUUUGACUACGGGCUCGCAUUUAGUCUGCGGCCUGCAGGGGCCUUUGCACGGGGCGGAUUCGGUUCAACGUGCAUCGAGCGCACGUGCGGCGGAAAGGGGUUAGUUUAUGCUCGAGGGUGCGAUCCUUUCAUCUGGGAGCGGAAACGAAACCGGGGCGGGGCCCUAAUUUGCCGAGGCGGUCAACGAAAUCCUGUCGAGAACGAGUCAAAGGCACACAGUGCUCUCUCGAGGCGCGGAGUCAAGAGGGCGCUCGAGGAGGGGCCGAGCCCACGGGAGCUCGGCACGGUGGCCCUCCUCUCGGAGCUCCACCGGAGCAAGAUCCCUCCAAUCGCCGUUGCACCCGGCCUCUUCCUCGUGCCCCUCCUCGACGCCCGCACUGGGCGCCUUCUGGACAUCUCUGCAACGGAGCGGGGUUUUGUCACUGUCCCACGGCUCGUCAAGGUCGACCACACGGGCAGCUUUCAAUGCCUCUGUAGUCAGAAGGCGUGCCGGGACACGACAUGUCGUUUCUGGAGGCGACGCGUCUUAUGGGCGGCUGGUGGCAGGGAGGGGAGGCCAUCUUCGGCCUUUGACGGCAGCAGAUCGUUCGCGCGGGAGGUCACGCACGGCGUGCCUUGGGUAUUGCCGUUGGAACAAGGGGGGUGCGUGGGAGGUGUUCUCUAUGGGCUAGACGCAUUUGCGUGGAAACGGGGCCCGCACCUCCGAGUGAUUGUUGCGAGCAACCCCGGAGAGGAGCCCGUGGUUUGCGUGCUUGGAGGAGAGGUUGCGCACUGUAGCAGUAUCAACUGCACGGGUCCUGAGCGGUGCCGGCACCUGUUGAGUGUGCUCUCGGAGCAGAACUUGCCUCUGAUCGAGCGAUGA